GGUCAAAGGUUGAGUUACACAACUUUGGAGUGUUGCAGUGUUACCAAGAUGGCGGGUGUACCAAAGGUGCAUCUAAGGGGGGGUCUGGAGAUCACACGUAUCCUGAAUGGCAUGUGGCAGGUGUCGGGGGCGCAUGGACCCAUCGACCCUCACAGGGCAGUGAAUGAGAUGGUGAGUUAUGUGGAUGCGGGGUUAAAGACCUUUGACAUGGCAGACCACUAUGGACCUGCCGAAGAUUUCUACGGCGCUUUUCUGAGGAAGCUGAAAGCUGAGCGGGGUGCAGAAGCUCUGGGCAGAGUCCAGGGUCUCACCAAAUGGGUGCCUCGCCCUGGACACAUGGCCCGGAAGGUGGUGGAAGAAAAUAUCGACCGGUCCAUUAGGAGGAUGGGGGUGGACAGGUUGGACUGUCUCCAGUUCCACUGGUGGGACUACUCUGACAAGCGUUACCUGGAGGCCCUGGGCCACAUGGCAGACUUACAGGCUGAGGGCAAGAUCGGUGAGCUUGCCCUGACCAAUUUCGACACAGUCCGACUGGAGGAAAUCAUGAACAAAGGCAUCCCAAUUUCCUCCAAUCAGGUACAGUAUUCCCUCAUAGACAGGCGACCAGGACAGAAGAUGGCGGAAUUUUGUACGGCACAUGGAAUAAAGCUCCUCACAUACGGAACCCUCGGAGGCGGCCUGCUCACAGAGAAAUAUCUUGGGGCCAAGGAACCCACGUCUCGUUGUGACCUUCCCACUGCGUCCUUGGGGAAGUACAAAAACAUGGUGGACGCUGUGGGAGGAUGGAACCUCCAUCAAGAAUUACUCAAGGUGCUGAAGACCAUAGCAGAUGAACAUGGAGUCAGUGUUGCCAACGUAGCAACAAAAUACAUCCUGGACCAGCCAGCAGUUGGAGGUGUGAUAGUGGGGUGCAGACUGGGAGUGCCGGGUGCUGAGCACAUCCAGGACAACCUUCGAACUUUCACCCUCGACCUCACACAGAAUGACAUUGACAGGAUUCACGCUGUAGUCAGCAGGGGCAGGGACCUUAUGGCAGUCAUAGGGGACUGUGGAGAUGAGUACAGGUAACUCGGAGAUUGUGCCAUGUUAUGUUGGUUGGUUCGGUUUCUGUUGUUACAGUUUCAAGUCAUUAUCAUUAAAUGUUAUUCAUGAAGAUUUACCACAUUUGUGGAAUGAUGAGGUAAUGUCAACAUAAUUCUGUCAGAUAAGCCAAGAUGGACACAAAAGAAAUUAGGCCUGAAUAUCUUUGACACCUGGAUAUUGGAA